AUGACUUCGCAUCGUAUUCAGCGUUGGGCCAUCAUACUUAUGGCAUAUCAAUUCGAUAUCAAGUAUCGUAAUACACAUGCACAUGGUAAUGCGGAUGCACUCUCUCGUUUACCUGUAAGUACCGAUAUUCAAUUUGAUACAUCGGAAGCAUGCUACAAUGUGACACACGUACAAUUACCAAUAAAUGCUAAUAUUAUUCGGAAGCACACAGAACGAGACGAAAUACUACGUAAAGUUAAACAUUUUGUUAAAUCAGGUUGGCCUUCACAACUAUCGCCAGAAUCAUUACAGCAAAAUAUUCUAGAACUAUUACAUGAUGGACAUUGGGGAACCGUAAGAAUGAAGCAAUUAGCACGACAUCACGUUUGGUGGCCAAACAUCGAUGACGACAUAGCCAAAGUGACACGUCAAUGUGAAAUUUGUAAAGUUGGCAAUCCAGCUCCUACACGUCAAUACCUUAGUUGGCCAGAAGCAAAAUCACCAUGGGAACGCGUUCAUAUCGACUUCGCUGGCCCUAUAUUCGAUUCUAUGUGGCUUAUAUGCAUAGAUGCAUAUUCGCAAUUUCCAUUCGUAACUCAGUUAUCGUCAACUACAACAGAUAGUACUAUACAUUCUUUAAAAUCAAUUUUUGCCAUAGAAGGUUUUCCCAAUACACUGGUUAGUGAUAAUGGACCUCAGCUAACAUCCGACGCAUUUAAACAAUUUUGCAAGUUACAUGGUAUUACGCACAUAACAACUGCACCGUUUCAUCCAGCAUCUAACGGACUCGCCGAGCGUUUUGUCCAAACAUUUAAAACCGCAGUUCGAAAAAAUAUCAAUGAAGGUCUAUCCAAAGGUUAUGUCCACUUGAGUAAGAUG